CUCUUGCAAAACUCCUGUUUUCUAUGCACCUUUUAAUCUUUUGUACUACAGGUAUUGGGUAAUGAUAAUGUUUCCACCAUACAAACUGUUGCAGAGAAAGGCCAUGCCUAGCCACAACAAACUUUUGUUUAUAUUUCAUUUUUUAUAUUUGUUAACAGUACCAGUGUGUAGUGUAAGUGUGCUUUUGUACUAGGUACCAACUUCACAGGUUAUUUUCGUCCAUAUUUUAGACUAGAGCUUCUCUCUACUACUGAAAGUCUGAAAUGUUGAAGAUGAAGUUGCUCUUUCAAUUUUUCCUUAUUUGCUUACUGGGUCUUACAGUUACAGGUCAAGAAAGUUUUCAGCUUCUUAAUCUCUAUGACACUAGCUCUCCAGGAUCUCUUCAAGCUUCCUCUCACUCUGCUCUGCCUAUAGCAGUUUCUGUGAGUGUUGAUAACCUGAAUGAAAUCUCUGGCAGUGUUUUAGUGGCUGAGAGUUGGCUUAGGAAUUAUGUUCUGGCUCACUACCCGGCCUCCAAAAUCACCACCAUUGUUGUGGGUAACAAUGUUCUUUGCCAGAAGGAACAAAAGCACAACUGGGUUCUUAUUCUACCAGCUCUAAAGAACAUUUAUUACUCUCUUACAAGGUGGGGUUUGCAGAGAGAUAUCAAAGUCUCUCCAGCUUUCUCUUCCAACUGCUUACAGCCACAUUUGGCUGAGAAAUUUAUGAAACCUUUGUUGAAGUUUCUCCUUGCUGCAAACUCCACUUUCUCCUUAAACCCUCCUCCAAUGUUGAAUCUUUUAUCAGAUAAAGCUACAACCAACACCUUUGUGUCUUCUCAGUUCGAGUCUAUAAAAAGUCUUGGAUUUUUAACACCCAACACCAUUAAUGUUUUGAUCCACAUUCCCAGAGAAGCAAAACCAAGAAGCAGAAAGCUCUCAGAUUCUGAUUCCAAGGUUAUAAACCCAUACCCAGCAAGACCAACACCAUUACCAGAAAUCUCCCCAAUUCACUCCUCUAUAGGCUACUCCAUUCCAGCCCAUGUGGUCAAAUCUCCACAGCCCCCUCUAUCACACUCGACUUCUUCACCACCAUUAACUUUUCCUUCAGAUUCUCCACCACCGCUGACUUUUCCUUCAGACUCUCCACCACCACUGACUUUUCCUUCAGACUCUCCACCACCAAUGCCUUUCUAUAUGGCGCCAGAAGUGCCACCUGAGACUUUUCCAGCCCCACCGCCUUAUGGUCUCUCUUCGCCUCCUUGUAAUCCAAUUGAUAACACUGUGGCUCCAUCACCUGAGCCUACAGGGGUGGUACAGAGUUUAUGGUGUGUAGCUAAGCCUAGUGUUCCAGCUGAGACUCUGCAGGAAGCAAUGGACUAUGCUUGUGGUGACGGUGGUGCUGAUUGUGCGGAGAUCGUGCCUAAUGGGAGAUGUUUCUAUCCUGAUACUGUUGUAGCUCAUGCCUCUUACGCUUUCAAUAGUUACUGGCAGAAAAACAAGAGAAAUGGAGGAACUUGUAGCUUUGGAGGGACUGCUAUGGUCAUCAAUGCUGAUCCCAGUUAUCUUCACUGUCGGUUUGUUCUCAGCUGAAGACGGUAAGAGCAAGUGGGAUUGUAUCGGUACAAAGUAGUAGCGGAUGCAAUGCUAUAUCCAAUUUGAUUGCUUUUCCCUUUAGCUGGGCUAAUUAACUUUGUUUAGUAUAAUAUUUGCAAGAGUAAGUAGCUUUGGGGAACUUGCUUCUUUAUGAUUAAUUUGCUUAAGGGGUGUUCUAUGCUCAAAGUGAAAGUGCUUUUGACUGCUCUGCCAUGAAAUAUAUACUUGCUCUUCUUCGUUUGUA